GAGCCGGGAUCGGUGCGCGACCGGCCGUACCCCGCCCCCGGGUCGUCGUCGUCGUUGUCACCCCGCUCCGGCCGUCCCCCAACUCCUCGGCCGCGACAAACUCGCAUCUCCGGCCCGAUACCUCGUCCCGAUCCCAUCCCCGCCUGCACUCCACUCCACCUUUUCCUACCGUUUGCGUUCGUUUCCUUUCCCCACACCGCACGCGCCGGAAGGAACCCAGGCCCCGAAAGUCGCUUUUCUUUCAGGCCGCCAGACUUUCCCACUCACCAGGGCUAGGGUUUUUCUUUCUUUCUUUCUUUUGGCCUUUCCGGCCAGCCAUGUCCAUGUCAAUGUCGUCGCACCCCCUCGUCCUCCUGCUUGUCCCCCCACCCUGCCGCCCAACACCCCCACUGACUCGCUGACUCACUCACUCGCCGCCCUCUCUUUCUGCCGGAGCUUCCACUCCCGGCCCGACGACCCCACCCAAUGGAGGGCCCGCACCCGCUGCCGGAGCCGGAGGCGGGGACGGGGACGGAGGAGCCGGUGACCGGCCGGCGGUGCGGCCGCCACCCGGACCAGCCCCUCAACGGCGUCUGCUCCGCCUGCCUCGUCGAGCGCCUCUCCUCCGUCCGCAGCCCCGAGAUCGUCGAGGUCGCCUCCUCCUCCUCCCGCGACCCCGACGCCCGCUCCCUCCCCGUCCCCGUCCCCGCCUCCGGCGACCAAGAAGAUCAGGGCAAGCUGCGGAGGACGCUCAUGCUGCUCUUCCAGAUGGACGACUCCGGCGCCGCCGCCGACCGCCCGGGCGCCAACCGUCCGCCCGACGCCAAAGAUCCCGGAGCGUCAGAGGCGGACCACCCCGGAGGCGGCGGCAGGAAGUGGAUGGGCGCCUCCUGGCUCAGGGCGAUCCUGCCCAGGCGGGGGGCGCGGCGGCGCGGGACCAAGGAGGAGGAGGAGGAGCCCUCGCGCCCGUCUGGGGCGGUGGAUCCCCAUCCUGGCGAUGCCAGCGGCGGGCCGUCGCCGCCGCUGGUGGAGCGGAGGGCCAGCUUCCGCCGCUCCUGCGAGUGGAUGAUCUGCCGGGAGCCGCCCAGAGGCUCCUCCCUGGACCCGCCCCGCCACUCCUGGGACGGCUCCAUGGUGGGCAGGGCCUUCGCCUGCUCCUUCGCGUGCCUAGACGAGCCGUCUGAUGGCGUCACCAGGGUCAGGCAGGGCAAUGCAGAGGAAUCGGCGAGGGAGCGCCCUGCUGCCGAGGUUGCAGCAGAGAGCAGGAAUGGGGGGCAUUCUGCCGAUGUGGGCGGCGAGGGGCCGAGGUUCAGAGGAAGGAGGAGUUGCAGUGACGCCGGCCCGGAGAUAACUGUGGCGGCCUCAGGUGUCCGGCGCCGGAGGUCCAACAGGUGGAGCAGGGUGUGGGAUCGCAGCAUCACGAGUCCACUAAAAGAAUUCGUGAGGAAGGGGGAGCAUGCUCUUGACCGGUCCUUCUCGGAGUCGAGGAGGGAAACCCGGAGGUGUAAAAAUGGGGAGAUGACAGACAUCGAAAAUGGCGAAAUUCAGCAUGGCCGCAACGGGUCGGUACUUCCAGGCAGAGCAAGCCAGGGCUCAAGCAGAAGCUCCCAAGCUGCCGUGGCUAACGGGGACGCGCAGAAUUUCCGCGUGGAUUGGCUUAAGAACAAGGAAUGCAGGAUCGGCAGGAGCAGGAGCGUCCAUUACACCUCUCCUGGGAACUUUGAUAAUGGCAUGCUGCGGUUUUACCUGACGCCGAUGAGGAGCAACAGAGCCGCAAACAGGGGGAGGAGGAGAAGCUCGCGCUUGUUUGGAAGAGGGCUUUUUGGUUUCGUUUGAGUGGCUCAAGCUGAAUGCUAGCAGCCCAUGCCAUACAUUUUAGAAGAUGGCAGCAGCACAAGCAACUUUUUCUUCAGAAUCUACUUGGUUUCUUAGAACUGGCUAACUCUGUAAGUUGUUCAGCAGCUACAUUUUCUGCAGUACAUUAUUAAGCCCAACUUAGAGUCAGGAAGAUUUAGCUUAAGUUGCAGAUUUGCUGCUCUGUUCUUUUAAGAUGCUGCUUAUAGAUGGAAUCAGGACUGUGCUGUCCAGAUUAGUGUAUCAGGUGUAAUUAUUUACAUUGAUAAUAAUAUUCGUAUCAAUUCUUCCAA